AUGACAGCUUCAACUUCAGUUUCAGAUGUCAUUAAUCCAUCUUUACAAGCUAAAGAAAGUCGCAAGCAUGAUUAUGAACAAGUUGAAGAUAAUCCCGAUGAACUUAACAUAAUGGUUGAAAAAUCGAGUGCAUCGGAAGACCAAGAAGUUGCAUUAAUAACACCGAAUACGCAACGAAAAACGACUGUACAUAAAAAUCUAUCUAAUCGAAAAUGGUUCGUUUUAACAUCAUUUUCACUUCUUUCGUUUUCCAAUGCGGUACUUUGGAUCACUUUUGGACCAUGUCUUUACAUUUUCAUGGAACAUUAUCAGCAAACGCCGUCAACUAUAAACGCAUUAGCUACAGUAUUUAUGAUAAUAUAUCCUAUAUUAUUAAUCCCUGUCCUCAAUAUAUAUGACAAAUGGGGCUUACGACAGGGAAUUCUCGUCGGUGCAUUUUUAAAUGCUUUUGGAACUUUCUUAAGAUUCAUGGGUUCUUUUGGACCAUCCGGGUUUUGGUUAUUAUUUUUGGGUCAGACAAUUGCAGCCAUUGCCGGAGUUUUUAUUUUGGGAGUUCCCCCAAAAUUAGCAAACACUUGGUUUGAAUUUGGGGAACAGAAUCUAGCAACUGGAAUUGGGGUUACAGCUAAUAAUGCUGGAAUUGCUGUUGGGUUUUUAUUAUCGCCAUGGUUUAUUAAACAAGCCACGGCAAAGGACGAUAUCCCCAAAUAUUUAUUAAUACAAUUUGGUGCCUGUUCACUUAUAUAUUUGAUCUGUGUUACAUCUUUUACAUCCGAAUCUAAUUUAUCUCAAAGUAAACCAAAUCGUAAAGCCACGACAACACUUUCGACGAUAUAUGCUUUCUGCACAGAUAAAGUAUUUAUGUUACUUGCAACUUCAUAUGGGUUAACCGUUGGGGCAUCAUUUGCUGUGAGCACUUUAUUAGCACAAAUUGUAGUUCCUGUCUUCAGAGUGUAUGAUGAGUCUCAAAUUGGAUUCUUGGGAUUCCUUAAUGUGGUAGCUGGAAUGGUUGGAUCUGUUCUAAUUGGAAUUUAUCUUGAUCGCACAUUCGCAUACAAACGAUCUUGUCGUACAUUAUAUAUGAUCACAUUUCUUUCGCUAUUUGCCUUCAUUAUAGCUUUGAAGAUAAAAAGUAUGCCUUUACUAACAGUUUCAUGCAUGUUCUUUGGAAUAUCUUCAUUUGCAAUAACUCCGGCACUAUUCCAAUAUGUGCCAGUAAUUACUUCCAGUCGUCUAGGAGAAGAUGAGAUCACAAGCACAGGAAUUCUAAAUUCUGUAGUACAAAUAUGUGGCAUCUUACUUGUUGUCUUGAUGGACGCUACUGAAAAUGUCGAUCAGCAGUUUACAAUGGAAUUAUCUUGUUGGUUGUUACUUGCCAUUGUAUUUAUAGGCAUAAUAUUGAUUUGGCUAGUUAAAGAAGAUUAA